GCAAAAAGCCUGGAAACUUGGAAUAACGGCUAUACAGACAUCUCUAGCUCCUCUUUCCCUUACUAUACACUAUACGAAACUCACGUUCAGAGAAUAUAAUUCAACAUCGUCGUCGAUCAACAGUGGAAAGCAGUAACACUACCAAUAUCAUCAACCAUGUCUCUUCCCCUCCUCUUCACUCUCCCACCCUCCAAUCGCCACGAGUUCCUCCUUCUAGACACCACUACUAAACCCACGCUCAAAUCGCUGAACGCGCAAAUCACUUCCAUAGCGGCGUCGAGUCCGAAUUGCGCUGAAUUCAUGGCCAAGCACAAAGCUGCCGAUGGUCCCAAGGAGAUAAUCCACGAGUUCAAGAUUCACUGGGACACCAAGACGCGCGACGCAAAGAUAUGGCCCGAGUACACGGUGCUGACGGAUGAGAAUCUCGGUGCAGUAUCAGAGUUGCUGAAGACGAACCCCGUCAUGGGUGUGUUGGAGAUUAAGAUGGGCAAGGCUGAGUAGGGAAUGGCACAAAACAGGAUAAUGUAAUGAUGUGUUUCCAACGAAUAUAGUAUUGGAGAAACCUAGCUUCUUACGUGGUUGAUCCCAGCGAAUAUCAGCUUCAUAACAUCCGAUCUUUUGGUAUACAUUGACACGUUGUGUGUUUGUUGCAGACCGCGAGCAAGUUUGCUUCAGCGGCCAUGAGGAGUCAUUUUAGACUUGAAGCCCUACGUACAGUUACAUAUGAAAAUAUCCAAGACCAAAGUCGUCGAGGGGGACAUGAAGGUGAAGUAUGCUCAAGAUGGAGCAAAACGAAGUGGAGGGUAUCCGUGCCGCAGAAAACAAGUAAAAAAUCCCGAGUAACGCCGUCCCAAAGAGAAAUACUGCCAGUAUGGAUCAUGGAGGUUCCAGUACGCCGUGUUUGUAGUAGAGAGUAUGAGCAAAAUUGCACGGCCAGAGUCACUUCGGCGACUUCUCAGUCGGCUCGG